AUGUCCUCUUUGCCCUGCCCCCUCACUGGCCGGGACUCCUCCAAAGCCAUCUUCCCGGAUAUCUCCCCCGUCCCAUCGGUAGUGGCUGCCUACCCGCUAGGCCUGUGCUCCGCAACCGCAGCCACCUCCGAUUUGCCCUACUCUGGGCCAUACGGCCACCUCCUGCCCUAUCCCUACACCGGGCCGGCGACGCCCGCAGACGCCUACCUGCCCUGCCAGCAACCCGCGGCGCCCUCUCAGCAGGAGCGGGAGGCAGAUUCCGAGAAGCCGCCGCAGUCCCCGGAUCCCUCGGAGCGGCUCCCGCAGGCCCCGACCAAGAGAUUGCGCAAGCCCAGGACCAUCUACUCGAGCCUGCAGCUUCAGCACCUAAACCAGCGUUUCCAGCACGCGCAGUACCUGGCGCUGCCCGAGAGAGCCCAGCUGGCUGCACAGCUCGGCCUCACCCAGACCCAGGUAAAGAUCUGGUUUCAGAACAAACGUUCCAAAUACAAGAAGCUCCUGAAGCAGAACUCUGGGGGGCAGGAAGGGGACUUGCUCGGUAGGCCCCCCUCCUUGUCUCCCUGUUCCCCAGCCCUGCCAUCCCUCUGGGAUCUACCCAAGGCAGGGGCCCUGCCCACUGGGGGCUAUGGCAACAGCUUUGGAGCCUGGUAUCAGCAUCACUCCCCAGAUGUUCUGGCUCCACCUCAGAUGAUGUGAGCCUGGGGAAGGGUGGGUCAGGCCCCCAGCCCUCCUACAAAGCCCGGGACCCAGCCCACCUGCACCCCUUCUGGGCUGGGAGGAAACCAACUCCAGAUGG